AUGAGAGCCGUUCUUUCCACCUUGUUCUUGUCGUCGUUAGCUGGUGUCGUGGCUCAAGAUCUCACUAUCCCGUCAACGUGGCUUAAUCCGACAUUCAACCUCAGCCGCGCGUCGCGCGAAAACCUCGCCAACCGUGCGGCAGCAGCUCUUCUCGCCCAGGUCAAUCCGGCGGGCGGUACCAGCGACGAUCUUCCACAUGUCCAGGAUAUUACCGGCGUCUUCUCCGUACUCGCCCUCCAGGACUACUAUAGUGGAAACUCGUCAUGGAAGGACUUCGUAUCCAACGGCGUUCAAGCUUACUACCAGCAGAAAGGCCUCUACGGCGGAUUGCCCGAAUACAACAGCGAUGCCAUUUACUGGGGCCUCGGCUUUUACUACGCGUACCGAACGUACCGGACACCGUUUUUGCUCGACUUGGCGAAGUCCGCGUAUAAUGCUACGUAUACGGAUGGGUUUAUCACACCGAGCGCGGCAUCUAGCGGUUCCGGCGCCGGACGCAACGUAUCCUUUUCCCCACCCUCAGGGUGCUCAAGCGGGACCAUCGCCGGAGGCGUGUUCUGGGCAAAGACUGUGCAGAACAAUACCAACAUCAACACAGAGACUGUGGCCCCGUUUAUGGCGCUUUCGGCGUAUCUAUACGAGGAGACGAGUGACUCCUUGUACCAGCAGGCAGCGCAGCUUUCACUGGACUUCAUGGUUGGCCAUUUAUGGGACGGCACCAUCGUGCAAGACGGGUUCGAUCCGGCGACCUGCGCUACCAAUAAUGCUACUCACUGGACGUAUGACCAAGCAUGGUUCGUAGAAGGUCUUUCGGUGUGGGCGAAUGUUACCAAGAACAACACUUUGACGACGCUGCUCCAGACGGUUGUACCCAGUGUCACUAGCUUCUCGGGUUGGACGUUGCAGGAUGGUGUGAUCAGUGAGGCCCCAGCUCGUGAUAGCUUCCAGGCUACCCUCAAGGGCAUCUUCAUUCGAGGCUUGUCGGAGGCUAGGCUGCGAAACCCUGGUACGGAUCUUGCCAAAUACAUUGAGGCAUACAUCACGGUUCAGUACAAUUCACUCCUGAACAACGCACUUGCGCCUCAGACUAGCUAUUACACAACGUCGUGGUUUGGACCGCCCAAUGCAACCUUCAGUGCUGUCGGCAAUCUCGCUGCGCUAGAUGUUCUUAAUGCCGCAUUCAGUUUUGUCGCGCCUACGCCAGCGAGUCCCGACUCGUCCGAGUCAGGCAAUUCCACAACUACUAAUUCGCCGCAUCCGACCGAUACUCCCGCAUCGUCAAGCGCUCCCUCAAACGCGGGAGCCGUCGCGGGCGGCGUCGUUGGUGGCGUGGUGGGCGUUGCUGCGGCCGUCGCGGCGUUUUUGUUAUGGCGUCGCCGUCGGGAUUCUGCGAAGCGGGGGCACUUCAUACAGGAAAAGUUUGACGGGUCCGAUGGUGGCAUGACCGUCGAACCGUUCAUACACCAGACAUCCCCGCACGACCUACCGAGUACGAACCUCGCACGGCCUCAGGCAGCCCUUCCUGCUAUAUCCGGUGCUGCAUCAACGUCAGGCCUCCUAUCAUCGCCAGUAGUCACCGUGGGCCAUCCUUCCAAACUGCAACGCAUGAAUGCCCCCUAUCACGACGCCAAUGCUCAAGCUGUUGCGAUCCGUCAACCUGAGAGAAUGCCUUCAUCCGCGGGUGAGAGUAGCAGCCCAGGCGUAGCGGGGCCUGAGAGAGUUUCUCUCGCUGAGAUUCCAAACUUGGUUCGCCGCUUGAACAACCUCCUGCAAGGACAGCCUGAGGAGCUCCCCCCUCAGUACGAGAGUUGA